AGGGCGGAGCAGCAACAUGGCGGCGUCUGGAGCUGGUGACCCUUUGGGUGCUAAGGAUGGAAAUGCCCCAUUCGCUCAGCGCAUCGACCCGUCGCGGGAUAAAUUGACCCCAGCGCAAGUGCAGUUUAUGCGGCAGGUGCAGCUUGCCCAAUGGCAGAAAACACUGCCACAGCGGCGGACCCGGAACAUCGUGACUGGCCUGGGCAUCGGGGCCGUGGUAUUAGCUAUUUAUGGUUACACCUUCUAUUCAGUGGCUCAGGAGCGUUUCCUUGAUGAGCUGGAAGAUGAGGCCAAAGCUGCCCGAGCCCGAGCUCUCGAGAGGGAGAGAGCAUCAGGACCCUAACUGUACAGACCAUCUUCAAACUGCUGGAGCUCCUGUACCCCUUAAAUGAUGCCUGGCGAUCUCACAGCAUCUUUGGCUUACUAACUUCGAACUGUGAUUGAGCCCAAGAAGCCAGAGACUGUGCGUCUGGCCACUG